AUGAACAACGAACAUGUUCUAGUCGGCGGUAGCCGGUUGCGCCUGGUGCCUUACUUGGCGCACCAUGUCCCUCGGUACCAUCAAUGGAUGGGCGAUAGCGAGCUGAUGCACUGCACAGCAAGUGAAAGACUUACAUUGGAGGAAGAGUAUGAAAAUCAGCGUGAUUGGCUAUGUGCAGAAGACAAGUUGACAUUUGUUAUUCUUGCCCCACUUUCUAUAGCUGUGAAUAAAGCAGUGCGAGAACAAAGGGGGAAUACUGCUUUUGGGAAAAAUCCAGUAGUGAGGGACGUUCAUGAUGAUGAUGAGGGGGGAGGGGAAACCGAGGAAGUGAGUGAGGUUGAAGGAGGUGAUUACGCAACUGCUGAUGAUUCUCAGGGUGGUGUUAAACGUGAGGCGCCAUGGGGAUGCACAUCUUCAAGGACCGCCCACCCGAGGAGGUCGUAUGGGGCUUGUAUUCUGGCGAAUAUUUGUCCCGAGGAGGAACAGGAGGAGGAGCGUCGCAUUGGUAGGACGUACGUUAUGGUUGGAGACUGCAAUCUCUAUUGUAUUGGCAUUAACGAGGCCGUGGAGUUGAUGGGGGAUGACGAUGCGCAUCCGAAUGCGCACGGGAAAUGCUUUGAGUUGGGGGUGAUGAUUGCAGAUCGUGCCUUUCGACGCCAAGGUGUUGCCGAAGAGGCCGUGCGUCUUCUGAUGAGUUACGCGAUGGACAAACUGGGCGCCUCUUGUUUUAUUGCUAAAAUUUUAAGCACCAAUACCUCAAGCAUUCGCCUAUUCACGAUGAGGCUUGGCUUCACAUUCCUGAAGGAGGUUUGUAUUUUUGAUGAGCUGCAUUUCAUUAAGCGUUUUGCCGAUGCGGCGGAAAGGGAGGCUUGGAUGGCCGACGUUGCUUACACCGUUGGCUUGUACGAUGCAAACACGGAGAAGGAGAUGACGGUAUUACAUUCCAUGCCGGAUGCUACGGAGUGGAACAGGGAAGGGGUGUACGGAAGAAUGGGGCCCGUCACGCAGUCACUUGUUUUUGGAGUUGUGCGGAAGAAUGAAACGGAAAUAUGA